AUGUCCAAAGAAUCCGCAAGAACGAGAUUUAUCAACGUAUUCGAAGGAAUUGUCGAUGAAUUGACAGACAUACUUGUCUCCUACAAGAUGCCACAAGAGGCAAUCUCCUGGUUUAAAAACAAUUUGAACUACAAUACACCUGGUGGUAAGUUGAAUCGUGGGUUAUCAGUGGUGGACACGUAUGCUAUUUUGAACAAUACCACAUCCGACAAAUUAGACGAUGUAACAUAUAGAAAAGUUGCCAUUUUGGGGUGGGCAAUUGAACUUUUACAAGCGUACUUUUUAGUCGCCGAUGACAUGAUGGAUCAGUCUAAAACUAGAAGAGGUCAGCCAUGUUGGUAUUUGAAAGAAGGUGUUGGAAACAUAGCAAUCAAUGACUCAUUUAUGUUGGAUGGUGCCAUAUACGAAAUUUUGAGAAAACAUUUCCGUAAAGAUUCAUAUUACGUGGAUUUAUUGGAUUUGUUCCACGAGGUUACUUUCCAAACCGAAUUGGGCCAAUUGUUGGACUUGGUCACUGCAGAUGAAGAGCACGUGGAUUUGGACAAGUUCUCUUUGGAAAAGCAUUCGUUUAUUGUUAUUUUCAAGACUGCAUUCUACUCAUUUUACUUACCUGUCGCUUUGGCCAUGUACAUGUCGGGCAUAAACAAUGAGAAAGACUUGAAACAAGUGAAGGAUGUCUUGAUCCCCCUUGGUGAGUACUUUCAAAUUCAAGAUGACUUCUUGGAUUGUUUUGGAACUCCAGAGCAGAUUGGUAAAAUUGGAACCGAUAUCAAAGACAACAAAUGUUCUUGGGUUGUUAACCAAGCUUUAUUGCAUGCAACUCCAGAACAAAGAAAAUUGUUGGAUGACAACUACGGAAAGAAAGACGACGAGUCAGAGGCUAGGUGUAAACAGUUGUUCAAGGAUUUGGGUAUUGAAAAGAUUUAUCACGACUACGAGGAGUCAAUUGUUCAAAAAUUAAGACAACAAAUUGACCAAAUUGAUGAGUCGAGAGGAUUGAAAAAGGACGUCUUGACAGCAUUCUUGAACAAGGUUUACAAAAGAUCUAAGUAA